GGCAACGCUACAAAAUCGUACGUGGCUUGGACAGAUGAAAAACAAUUCGUAGUCAUUGUACUAAUUAUGUACUCAUUAAUGUAAUAUUAGUGCACUUUUAUCCAAAUUCAAUGUGCUUAGUGCGAAGUACAAAGGCAACAGCAAAUACGACAAAGUGCUGCAUGAACUAAAUAAUUUGCACGUACACAUACACACACACAUAUACACACACAGUCAGGCAAUGAUUCCAAGGAUAUAGAGCGUAACCCAGCUUAGUUAGACACCCAAUCAUGAACAAUAUACAGAACGCACCAGCGCUGCCCCUAAAUGUGGGCGUGGGCAUAAAAAGCGCACGCAGCAAUAUCUUCACCGUAGACGGGGUGCCCACACAGCAGCCGCAGCAGCUAAGCAUCGACUACUCCAGCAUUCGGGGCAAGGAUGUGCUCGUGGCGCCCAACGAGGAGCAGCUGGAGCUGCUCAAGCGGCGUUUGCUCGAUCGCAUCUCUGAUAGCUGUGGCGAGACCAUCUACGAAAUAGGCGUGGGCGAGGAUGGCCGGGACAGUGGACUGACUGUGGAGCAGUUUGAGGCUUCGAUGCGCACGCUGCGUCAGCUGGCCACGGCCAUAGAUGCUGAUCUCGUAGUGCUGCGCGAACGGAAUGUGGAGAAGGGCAAAACGGCGCAGUUGCUCAUACGCAAGCAUAUCGAUACAACUGACUUUAUGGAGAUACGCGUGGCUGUUGUUGGCAAUGUGGACGCCGGCAAGUCCACGUUAUUGGGCGUUCUAACGCACGGUGAGCUGGAUAAUGGCCGUGGCCAUGCGCGACAGCGUCUCUUCCGGCAUAAGCAUGAAAUCGAAAGCGGACGCACUAGUUCGGUGGGCAACGAUAUACUGGGCUUCGAUGGCGUCGGUAAUGUGGUGAAUAAACCAGAUCAUGGCCAUCUGGAUUGGGUGAAGAUCUGCGAAAAGUCAUCGAAGGUGAUCACUUUCAUUGACCUGGCGGGACACGAGCGAUACCUGAAGACGACAGUGUUUGGCAUGACGGGUCAUGCGCCCGACUUUGGCAUGCUGAUGAUCGGUGCUAAUGCUGGCAUCAUUGGCAUGACCAAGGAGCACUUGGGUCUCGCAUUGGCGCUGGCCGUGCCCGUUUUCGUGGUGGUCACCAAGAUCGAUAUGUGCCCGCCCAAUGUGCUGCAGGACAAUAUGAAGCUGCUCUUCAAGAUGCUCAAGUCGCAGGGAUGCCGCAAGGUGCCCGUUGUGGUGCGCAGCCAGGACGAUGUUGUGCUGAGUGCCACGAAUUUCGUCAGCGAACGCCUCUGUCCCAUCUUUCAGGUGUCGAAUGUGAACGGCGAUAAUCUGGAGCUGCUCAAAAUGUUUCUCAAUCUGUUGAGCACACGCAUGGCCGGCUCUGAGAAUCUGCCGGCAGAGUUCCAGAUCGACGAUGUGUACUCGGUGCCAGGCGUCGGCACCGUCGUCUCCGGCACCUGCCUGCAGGGCACCAUAAAGCUAAACGAUAAUCUAAUGCUAGGGCCGAAUGCUGUGGGCACCUUUGUGCCCAUCACGAUCAAGAGCAUCCAUCGCAAACGGAUGAAUGUGGAGCGUGUGCGGUGUGGCCAGACGGCGAGCUUUGCGCUGAAGAAGAUCAAACGAACGUAUUUGCGCAAGGGCAUGGUCAUGGUGGCGCCAGAGCUGAAGCCACAGGCAUGCUGGGAAUUCGAAGGCGAAAUCCUUGUGCUGCAUCAUCCGACAACGAUCUCCGCCCGCUACCAGGCGAUGGUGCACUGCGGCAGCAUACGCCAGACGGCAUCGAUUGUGCGCAUGUCCUGCGAUUGCCUGCGCACCGGCGACAAGGCGCGCGUGAAGUUCCGUUUCAUCAAACAGCCGGAGUACAUACGGGCCGGCCAGCGUUUGGUGUUCCGAGAGGGACGCACCAAGGCGGUUGGCAACAUCCUGCAGCCGAUGCCACAGGCAGCCGCCUCACCAUAUCGCCCUAAGCCUGCCAAGAUGCAAUCGCGGGCACACAAUGGCAGCAGCAAUAGCAGUAACAAUCAGCAACAGCAACGUCACAAUGGCCAGGGCUCCAACUCCUCCGCGUCCUCCUCGGCCGCGGGCCAGGGGUGCAGCAAGGACAAUGGCGAGGACAACAGCAAACAGAAUGGAGAGCGACGCGAGGGCAGUCGUCGAGGCGGCAAGCGGAAACGAAACAAUCGACCGGCCCUAAGCAAUUCCGCCGUGGCGCCCGUAAACGGUGGCACCAGCUCCCUCGAUGCCGUGCCGGAGACCACGCAAAACUAGAAAACUCCGUAAUUUUCAAUCCACAAACUGUUUUAAAAAGAGAAAGAGAAGGAAGGAAGCGGAUAAAGUUUUUUGUACACAAAAUUUGAUAGUUGUUAAGCUCGUAUUUUGACGGUUGUGCUAAAUGUGAGACAUGCGACCGUUAACUUUGAAGAGAGAAACUAAUAAGCAUAGGGAGAUUAGAGCAUAGAGGAUGAAGGGAGAAAGAGAGACACACAGACAAAGAGAGAUGAGAAUAACUAUUUUGCUACAGGUGGCACACGGUAAGACGUCUUUGUAUGCUGUGUGACAAUUUGUGUGUAAAUUUUGCUAAUAAAUAAAUGUCUAAUUUGUUUUCGUCCAA